GCUGUAUAACCACGCCCCCGAGGCGCCCCGCCCCGGAAAGAUGGCGGCGGCGCGGGCAGGAGGCGGUGCGAUGCUGCUGCGGCGGCUGCAAGGCGGCGGCGGCGGCUGCGGGGCCCUCAGCGGGGCGCGGGCAUACUCACGGGAUGCUGAGGGCAGCUGGUUCCGCUCCCUGUUUGUGCACAAGGUGGAUCCCCGCAAGGAUGCCCACUCCAACCUCCUAUCCAAGAAAGAGACCAGCAACCUCUACAAGAUCCAGUUUCACAACGUGAAGCCAGAAUGCCUGGAUGCCUACAACAGCCUGACGGAGGAGGUGCUGCCCAAGCUGCACUCAGAUGCUGAUUACCCUUGCGACCUGGUUGGGAAUUGGAACACGUGGUAUGGGGAGCAGGACCAGGCAGUGCACCUCUGGCGCUUCUCUGGUGGGUACCCGGCCCUCAUGGACUGCAUGAACAAGCUCAAGCAGAAUAAGGAGUACCUGGAUUUCCGCAAGGAGAGGAGCCGCAUGCUGCUGUCCCGCAGGAACCAGCUGCUGCUGGAGUUCAGCUUUUGGAAUGAACCCCUGCCACGCAAGGGGCCCAAUAUCUAUGAACUGAGGACCUACAAGCUCAAGCCAGGGACCAUGAUCGAGUGGGGCAAUAACUGGGCUCGGGCCAUAAAAUACCGCCAGGAGAACCAGGAGGCAGUGGGCGGCUUCUUCUCGCAGAUUGGGGAGCUGUAUGUCGUGCACCACCUCUGGGCCUACAAGGACCUGCAGUCCCGCGAGGAGACCAGGAACGCGGCAUGGAGGAAGCGGGGCUGGGAUGAGAAUGUCUACUACACAGUGCCGCUGAUUCGGACGAUGGAGUCACGGAUCAUGAUCCCCCUGAAGAUCUCCCCACUGCAGUGAGCUGGGACAUGUGCUGCCUGCCCCAGCUCUGCUGGGAAGUGCUAGGGGCAUCUUCUCCCAUUUUGGGGCGUCUUGGGGGGGGGAGGGGAGAGGUGGGAGGGUGAGAGCCCAACCCCCUGGGCUUAGCUCCUCCUGGUUUCUGGGGACCUCCAAGGUGCCACAACACGCCCCAUGUUGCCAUUGGCCCUCCGUGCUGGGGGCAAACCCUCAGAAGCCCUCCUGAGGGGUGGGCUGGGGGCUGCUCUUAAUUACUGCUAACGAGCUGCUCGUCGGGUGCCUGUCCCCGCCGGGCUGUGGGAUGUCAUCAAUUAAAUAUUUAAUUGCCA